ACCUCACAUCUGGUUGAUCUGCUUCCAAGUUGCAACAAUGAAACUUUAACAACAACACUCAUGAUGGCAAAGGAGAACAAAUUGAUAGUACUAUACAUUGUCGAUAAGUAUUUGCAUUUCCAUACUAUUUGUGGUAGGACGAUCGGAACAAGAAAUGAUGAGUGUAAGAAAGCCUUUGAACCGAUUUGCCUUGAAUCGUCCACAGAACCCAUUGAUAAUUAUUAUUUUGAUAAUAUAAAGAUGGUAGAAGUGAGGGAUAAAGUUUAUUUACUUUCUACCUUCCAGAAUCUUGAUAAAAACCUCCUUGAGGAGAGAAUUGAUAGAAUUAUAUUUGAUGAAAAUAAUCAAGUGGUUAAAUUGGAAUGUAUUUAUCAUGUCAAAAAUGAUUUUAUUAGAAAUUGUACACCACCUAUUGCAGAUUCUAAAAGGAAUUGUAUUUACAUUGUUGGAGGCAUUAGUGAUAGUGGUGCAAGUCAGUAUGCCAAAGAUGUCGUAAAGAUUAGUUUGGAAACAUUCGUAUGGGAAGUGAUUGGAUCAAUUAACAUUUAUCCAGCAAUGUAUUGCCAAUCUUCUUUACUUUGGAAGGAAAAGUUCAUUAUUGUGUUUGGUGGUUACAAUACGUCAUGUAGCGCUACUAGUGAUAUUCUUGCUUUCAAUGUUGAUUCAAAGGAAUGGUCAACUCUGUAUUCCUAUGAUCGUUAUGAUAGGCCUGAAAUAUAUCCUAUUAUUUAUCUCUUGGUUGAAGCUGGAAUGCAACUCGUAACAAACAAAUGGGCAUCUCAAUUUGAUAAGUCCAUUCCAAGUAACACGCAAGAGAAUACACUUAUUAUUUAUGGUGGAAAUAUCGAUUGCUUUGUGGAGAAAACUCAAAUUAACAGACCUACUCACCAAGUUUUUCUAUUCCAUUUGGACGAAUCUGAGUGGAACUCAACAGACAUUAGCAAGACGAGAAUUCCAUUCAAUUUGACUGACUAUUGUACACCUGACGAUAGAAAGCUUCCUCCAAUACAUCAACGGAAGCAAAAGAAUCCAGUUACAAACUCAAGAGGAAUUCUUUUGGAAGAUGGUGAUGAUAAUGAAGAGUAUAAACUUCUUCCAGCAAUGGAAAAUGUAACAAUGCACAAAAUCAACAACACUCAAUUGUUGGUUAUUGAUUAUCAAAAAUCUCAAAACAUUAAAAAAAUAACUCAAGAUAACAAUAUGACAGAAAAGUGUAAAACCUAUGAGAGAGAUGGUCAAUGUAAUAACGAAAAUUGUACACUGAUUCAUCAGACGUGUCCAAAAUUUAGAUCACGAGAAGGAUGCUCCGAAGGUUCUUCCUGUCCAUUGAUUCACAAUAGAAAGGUCUUUCAGAAAGAUUGCCCUCGUGGUGAGUCAUGUAAUCAAGGAUUGGCAUGUAAAUAUUUCCAUCGGAGAAGUGUUAAUUUCACACAACAACAACAAAAACCUCCACUGCAACAACAACAUUCUAAUCAUCAAUUUAGGGAGAGAACCAAAGCAAAUGAAAGUUCAUCAAAUUUCAAUGAAAAGAGAAAGUUUGAAAGAGAUUAUGAUAGACGAUCAAAUAGAAAAUUGGAUCAAGUAGAAAUUACCAGUAGCAGUAGUAAUAGUAGUAAUAGUACUAAUUUCGGAAACGUUGAUACAGAGGGAGAUUAUAUUAUGAAAGAAAAUUCCUCUACAUCUUUUAAUGUGGAAGAAGAAAUUGAAAUUGUGGAGGAUGUGAAGAAAAUUGAUUUGCUUCCGAACUCUACUACUAAUAACCUAUUUGUGUUGAAGGUGGAUAAAAGAGAUAUUUCCGAUGAAUCUGCAAAGCUGCUAGGAGAUGAAAAAUCCAUGAUACUAAUGGUGGAACAAGUAAAUGCAGAGUUUGAUAAAAAGAAGGAAGAAUUGACAAGAAAAUUAUUAGAUAUGGUUGAUGAUAGAGAAGAACUUGCCACAGAAGGACCAAUUAUUAGAAAUGAACAAAUUUUGAAUUCUAAUUUAGGAUUGACUUUAUUGAGAUUAUUUUCAGCUGGUGUGAAAAAUGUAUUGGAAUUUGAUCUAAUUGAAAAACCUAAUCUGGAGGAUAUGAAGAAAUCUCUCAAGAAUUUAACCGACUUGCAAUUUGUGGAUGAGAAGCAAAACAUUACACAAAUGGGUAAGCAAGCUUCCAAGAUGGAAAUUGAACCUUCUCUUGCAAGAAUGAUAAUUGAGGGAAUUAAUUUAGGAAUUGGAGAUGAAAUUAUUCAACUAGUGUCCAUUAUGUCAUUCUCCAACAUGAUCUAUGCAAAAUCUAAGUCUACAGAUUAUUUAGAAAAAGAUAUUAUGAAAGUCUCAACUUCAAAGGAAGGUGGUGAUCUGAUAACACUUCUUCACAUCUUCCAAGGAUUUCUUCAAGCAAAAGAUAAGCGAAGAUAUGCAAAAGAUGGAAAUUUCAGUCUGAAAACAUUGAUCCAAGCAGAAGAAACCAUGACAGAUAUUAGGAAGAGAUUGAAUUUUGAAAGAUCUAGCAAUAGUGAAUCAAAAACAGUUGAAUCCAUUCAAGAAAUAAUUACCAGAUGUGUUUGUUGUAGCAUGUUUGAUAAUUUUGCCUAUUUUCAUGGCAUUAUUAAUGGAAAGAGAGUUUACAAAAUUCUCUCAUCAAAUAUGGAAGCUUUUAUUCAUGGUUCAUCAUUUUCUAAUUAUUCAAGCGAGCCAAUUGACUAUGUAAUAUAUGGAGAAUUAGUCAAGACGGAGAAACUAUUUAUGAAAAAUGUAACUCCUAUUUCUUUAGAGUCAAUCAAACCAUUCAUUACUUUCAAUCAAUCUCUAAAUGUUGUAAAGAAGAAAGUGAUAUAUCCACUCACCAGAGGAAUAUUCGAUUGUUUAAAUGCCAAUAACGGAGCAUUGUUAGAAUAUUUAAGAUUGAAUAUUGGAUCAAUUGUUGAAAUGGACCCAGAUAGAAACGAACUCGUUGUAUAUUUAUCUGAAGGAGAUCAAGUCGAAACAAUCCUCAAAUAUGUUUAUGAUACAGCUGUUCAAAGAUCAAAUAAUGAAUUCCUCGAACAUCAAGUUGAUUCAAAAGUAAGAGCCCUGAUUGGAAGAGGAAUGCAAGUUGUCAAAUUACUUUUUCCAGGAGAGUUUGUAAAAUGCAAUAUUCUUAAUAUCCCAAAUAUGGAUUAUAAUCACAUGAGGGAAGUAUUCGAGAUGCAUAAUCUUCCAAUACUCGAUUGCAAACUAUUCUUUGAAUUGCCAUCCAAUAGGUAUGGGACUGUAAUUUUUGAUUCUCCACAAACAUCCAAGAAAGCUCGUGAAUUAUUUUCUGAUUGUCAAGAGUUUCGUAUAACCACAAGUGAUUCAACAAUAGUUCCAGAAGAAAAAGAAAUGAAAAACUAUCCACUCAACAUUUAUUUCUACUCUGAGCACGAUGGUAAAUGUUUCAUCUAUUCAGAUAACGCCAAUGCCCUAAACAUUAUUCAAUCUCAGUACCUUUAUGGUCAAAAGAUGUUCCGUAAUAUUGAAAAGAAAAACCUAAAAAUUGCAAACUUAUCCUUCACACUUGAUGAGCACAGAAUUAGAGAUUUCAUUCCAAGAGAACUUCAUAACGAUAUCAGGAUAGUUAUGAAUAGAGAUAGACUUGGUAAGGAACAAGAAAAUCAAUUUGUUAAAAAGAUGGUCAACACUAUUAGACCAAUGAUGGAACUUUUUGGAGAAUUGGAAAUGUUUGAGUAUGUUCCAACCAAAGACCUUGUAGGACAGUACAAGAUAUUGGCCAAGUUUACCAACUUGGAAAGUACAAUGACAGCAAUGAAAAGUUUAAAUGGAGCUAGCGUCGGUGACAAGUUUAUUUGGGUGGAACCUGAAUUUACGGACAUCAUACCAUUCCCACUUGAUUUGGACACUGAUAAUUUAUUUAGAGAAGAGUUAAGGAAAAUGAUGAAGGAAAUUUUUUCUGUUUAUGGAUGCAGGUCUGGAAUGUUUGAAAUGAAGAAUGGAAGACAAAAGGCUUUGAAAGUUAGAGCAAAUUCAGAAGAAGGACUUACUAGAGCAAUGGCUAUCGCUCACAAAUAUCUAAAGCCAUAUGUUCUAAAAUUGGGAGUAUUCGAUUUCUCUAUUGCAUUCAAGAAAAAGUUUAGAAUUCUUGAAUUGACCAAAAACUUCAAAGCUUAUAUUGACUUUGAUAUUAAGAAUAAUAAUGUCAAUAUUUAUCAACUCGGAAUUAAUCAAAUGAAAGAUAUUGUCACUACUAUUCUACAAGAAAUUAGAAAUUCCAAUAAGGACAUUAUCAAGUUAACUCAAUUGAAACCAAUUAUUGGAAAUCAAGGAAAAGUUUUAAAAUCUCUGCAAGAAAAAUAUGGAGGAAGAAUUGAUUUUGAUUACAAACAAAAAAUUAUUUCUAUUAACAGUUCAGAUCAAGAGGAAAUCAAUAAUUUUAAACAGGAAAUUAGAAAUAUAUUAGAAAGCCACCAAACUACCAACGAAGAAAUAUCUCCAGAAGACUGUCCAAUCUGUUAUGGACCAAAAGAGAAUCCAGUUCUCUUAUCGUGUGGCCAUUCACUUUGUAGAGAUUGUUUUAUAUGUCAACUUGAUCAAAUGACAUUUAAUUGUUGUGAAUGUGACAGUUUGCUAACCAUUCCAGAAAUCAAUCUUUCUCAGGAUUUGAAUUUAAUUGAAAAACAAGCUCAGUAUGCCGUUGAAAAAUAUCUUGAAAGACAUCCAAAUGAUUUUAAACACUGUUCAUCAGCUCAUUGUUCUGGAAUUGUCUGCAUUGAUCAAAGUCAAGUAGCUCACUGUCAAUCCUGUAACAAAACUUAUUGUAUCAAGUGUAAUGAACCUCCACACCCUGGAUUGGAUUGUUCUAAUGAGGAAGAAGCUCUAAUCAUUGAGUGGAAGAAGGCCAACACAAAACCAUGUCCAAAAUGUAAAAAUAAUAUUGAGAAGAAUGGAGGAUGCAAUCACAUAACUUGCUAUUAUUGUGGAGCUCACUUUUGUUGGUUGUGUGGAUUUUUGGCCAAUGGGGCUGUUGGUGUUUAUACACAUUUACAAACGUGUAGAUAA